CAUUUGAAUUCUCCAUUAUUCUCUCAAUCAAUCUUUCCCAAACCAGAAUAUAUUCUCGUUCCCUCUUUUCAAUUCAAGGGUCACCAUUCCUUUCUCAAUCAGCAAGAAAAGAGAAGAAUUCCCCCCCAAAACUGCUAUUGCCUAAUUCUUCCAACUCUCAUUUGAUUUUUGUUUGCUUUGCGAAAUUCGUGUUCCAGUUAUUGUCUAAUAUAAAGUUUUGAACUUUGAGGCAUAAGAGAAGAGGGGAGAAGGUAUGGAAUGUGGGUUCAAUAUUGAUAGUGUGUGAUCAAUAGGUUGCUUCAAGUUAGGGAACCAGGGAAGCAGGCGCAGAUUACUGAGGGUGAGAUUAACCAGCUUUGUCAUCUCUCUAGGUCUUUCUUCUAGGCAGCCCAAUCCUUUGGACCUUGAAGCACCUGUGAAGAUCUGCGGUUUGUCUUUUUAUACUGUUUCUCAAUGGAAAUUUUGUUUCUUCUAAUGAAUGUGAUUAUUUUGGCUAAAUUUUGAACUUGACAUUACAUGCGUUGAAGGUGCUAUUUGUUUAGUAUGUGUAAAAUUUUGUCUCAAGCUCUCAAUUCAUAUGAUGAUUAUGGGUAUGGGAAAUUUCCGGUAUCUAAAAAUGGAUUAUGAAUCUUGUUUCCAGUUUUUGAUAGUUACGGCUUCUGUACUGCUUUUGUUCUGAUUGUUGAAUUUCAGGUUCCUACUUAUAUUAUGAUUAUAUGCUAAGGAUGGUACUUAGUAUUCUUUUUGGUGAAAGGUAUAAUUUUGUAUUUUUUAAUCCUGAAUCAAGGAAUGGAGCAUGUUCUUUUCUUAAUAUAUCUAUAUGUUCUUUUUAUUUACAUGACAUAGUAGACAUCCAUUGUCAGUACUGUGAUCUCUUGAGGCUUUUCGAAUCUGGUGGUUUCCCUCCUCAUUCCAAUUACUUAUUCCUGGGGGAUUAUGUAGAUCGUGGAAAGCAAAGCCUGGAAACCAUAUGCCUUCUCCUUGCAUAUCAAAUAAAAUUUCCUAACAACUUCUUCCUGUUGAGGGGUAACCAUGAAUGUGCGUCUAUAAAUCAUAUGUAUGGAUUCUAUGAUGAAUGCAAGAAAAAAGUCCGAGUCAGGCUCUGGAAAGUAUUCACAGAUUGUUUCAAUUGCCUGCCUACAGCAGCUUUGAUUGAUGAAAGGAUACUCUGCAUGCAUGGUGGACUGUCACCUGAUCUGCGUAGUUUUGAUCAGAUAAGAAAUUUACCAAGACCUACUGAUGUUCCAGAUUCUGGUUGCUAUGUGAUCUCCUCUGGUCAGAUCCUGAUAAAAAUAUUUGAAGCUGGGCCCUGAGUGAUAGAGGAGUUUCUUAUCUCUUUGGUGCUGAGAGGUUGACAGAGUUUCUCAAGAAGCAUGAUCGUGAUUUGAUUUGUAGCGCACACCAGGUUGUUGAAGAUGGCUUUCAAUUCUCUGGUAAUAUUCAACUUGUAACCAUAUUUUCAGUAACUAAUUACUGUGGAGAGUUUGAUAAUGCUGGUGCCAUGAUGUGCGUGGAUGAAACCUUAUUCUGUUCUUUCCAAAUACCAAGGCAGAAGCCAAAAUAUGGCGCUGGGAGCUUCAACUUGACGAGGACUGUUAAUCCUCCUACUAGACUUAAGGUUUAGGAACCUAUGGCAAUCCUUUGGCUUCAUUGCUUCAAGUGAGUGAACAUUAUAAGUAAUACAAGCGUCAAUGAUUUCGUAAGUUUUUCUAGCUUGGAAACUCAUGAGCUGGGGAAAGUAUCUUGAUUCUGGAUUCUUCUUGUUAUGUUCCCUUGAUGAUGAAACAAGAUUUUUCUAGCUUGGAAAAGGAUAAGAUGGAGAAAGUAUCUUGAUUUUUCUUGAUGAUGAAACUUUUACAAAGUUUAAUUGUUGUUAAAGUGGCAAAAUAUUCCCAAUGCCCUAGCAUCCUUCUUAUCUUGUAAAUCAUUGUUUAUGCGUUUCUGGUUAAGUGAACUGCCAACCUCACGAUCACGACCAUUGAAUACAAUUCUUGGGUUGGUCACUUCUUGGAUAAGCCUCUAAUCUGACAGAGGUAUCAGAAGCAGGAGACCCCUUUGAUCAGCUGCACAUGGAAGAUUGUCAAAUAAGGCAGUGAAAAAUCUGGUGGAAUCUAUAAAUUGUUUUGAUGAUGGAAAAACACAAUUGGAAACAAUGUCUAUCUCAGGAUGCAAAUAUAUCUCUCCACGCCCCAAAAAUUUUGGAGGCUGUCAUUUUUAUUUUUAUUUUUUAGUUUUUAUCCCAUAUGUAAAUAUUAUUAGCUUCAACACCAUCAUAACUUAGUUCUCUCUUAGCCUGUUCUCCUUUACUGCAUUCAGCAUUCAGCUUCUCCACAGCUGUUCUGAAAAUGCUUAUGGUGUGGCGAAUGGUUUAGAAAUCCUUUCCCCUCCUGGGUGUGCCUGUUGUUGAAUGUAACUGAUACAGUACAUGCUCUUUUUUGCUUUUUAACGUCAUCAAUUCAAGGGUUCAUGAGUCUUUGUUCACUGCCUUAAUGUCUGCACCAGUAAUCUCUUGUCAAUGAAGAUGACAUUUUAUUGCCUGUACCCUUUUUGCAGCCAGAUUGACGAUGGGAAAUGCAUCUCUCAUUGUUUCUGGUGUUACGAAGGAAUCAAAUGAAAUUGGCAACAAUGC